AUGGUCAUCCAUUCAGCCAUGCGCAUCGAGAACGUUCCUCGAGGGCUCUUCAAUAAUGGGGAUGAUGCCGAGUCAAAUGUGAAGCGGGCAUUCUUCAAAAACGGAGAUGUUUAG